AUGCAAGACUUGAUGCGUAAAGAAGCUUAUUUACUUUCGAGAGAAUUUGAUAACCGGUCGACGCUUAUUUCGGCUUCAGAUGGGAACAAAGUAAUAAAGACUUUGACAGUGCAAAGUCGAGUGAAUGCUGUGAAGCAGGAUGAGAUUAAAGCAGCGCAGUUUCAGGAACGACUGGAGUUUGGCAACAGUCACAGCAACGAAACUAAGACUCGUUUUACCAAAGGUUGUAAUGGAUAUGAUGCUCUAAAUGCAGGAGAUGUAUCUAACGAAAUUGUCACGAAUCCUGGAGGGCAAGCUCGCAUGAUGUAA